GCAGAGAGAUAAGGUUACAUAUAAGGCAGCAGCAGCAGAUUUGGGAAUAUCAACGGAGUAUAUUCCCUGGUGUACAGCUUAGUCUGUUUGGAUCCUGGAAUCAUGAGUGGUUGCCCCUUCGCGGGGAAGAAUUACCUAUUUAAUUUUAACAAGCUAUCUUUGGAAGAUGAAAAUGAAGACAAAUCACAAGAAGGAAUAAAUAAAGCCAGCAAAGGUGGACUUAUUUAUGGAGAAUACCUACAACUGAACAAGAUAUUGAAUGCUCAAGAACUUGAGAGUGAGAAGAAUGGGAAAAAAAUCCAUGAUGAGCAUCUUUUCAUUGUGACGCAUCAAGCAUAUGAACUUUGGUUUAAGCAGAUUUUGUGGGAAAUGGACUCUGUGCGAGUGAUCUUUCAAAAUGGCCACGUAAGAGAUGAGAGGAACAUGCUGAAGGUUAUUACUAGAAUGAAUAGAAUUUCAUUGAUUCUGAAAUUACUUGUGGAACAAUUCGCAGUUUUAGAAACUAUGACUCCACUGGACUUCUUUGAUUUCAGAUACCACCUAAGCCCAGCCUCAGGUUUUCAGAGCCUGCAGUUUCGCUUGCUAGAGAACAAAAUUGGAGUUCCCCAAAAUCUGAGAGUCCCUUAUAACAGAAGGCAUUAUCGUGAUAACUUCAAGGGACAGGAUUAUGAAUUACUGCUUAAAUCAGAGCAAGAACCAACACUACUGCAACUUGUGGAGGCAUGGCUGGAAAGAACUCCGGGACUUGAAGCAGAAGGAUUUGAUUUCUGGGGACAAUUCGAAGUGAAUAUUUUAAAGGGUCUAGAAGAGGAAUUUGCCUUGAUACAGGCCAAAACAGAAUCAGAAGAAAAGGAUGACUUAUUGUCCGAAUUCCAAAAACAGAGAGAUGUACUACUUUCAUUAUUUGAUGAAAAACGCCAUGAACAUCUCCUCAGUAAAGGAGAAAGACGACUGUCUUACAAAGCACUGAAAGGGGCCUUAAUGAUCUACUUCUACAGAGAGGAGCCUCGUUUCCAGGUUCCCUUUCAGCUUCUUACCUCCCUUAUGGAUCUCGAUGUACUCAUGACCAAAUGGAGAUAUAAUCAUGUCUGCUUGGUGCACAGAAUGAUUGGCAGCAAGGCUGGCACCGGAGGCUCAUCAGGCUACCACUAUUUGCGCUCAACAGUGAGUGACAGAUACAAGGUAUUUGUGGAUUUGUUCAAUCUUUCAACAUUUCUAGUGCCAAGACACUGGAUACCAAAGAUGAACCCAACCAUUCAUAAAUUCCUUUACAUGGCAGAAUAUUGUGAUAGUUCCUAUUUCAGCAGCGACGACUCUGACUAGACUGCUUUUCUAGACUAGUUCCUGUAAAGAACUUCAUGACUUUCACCUUGAGUGGUGCUACCCCUCAAACAACAGCUAUUCUCAUGGAGUGUACGAGUCUAAAUAUGUAUUUAUGUAUGACAGCUAUGUGAAUAGUAUGAUCGGCUUGUGGAAGAAAUUUAACUGUUUGUAGAAAAAAUAAUUUCUAUUGAGUUAGCCUAUACUAAGACUAAAAUGAUACCCCAAUCCAACUCAAUGACCAAUGUAACUCUUAGUUGGCUUCUUAAAAUCUACACCUAGAGAGAGAGAGCAAAUUAUAUGGAAUUAUAAUGACCUGACUUAUUUGUACAUAUUUUUGUAUUUGUUUGUUUGCCUAAUGGCUGUUACUAAUUUAUGUCUGGUUGAGGAUAUAAUCAGUCUCAUCAUCUUCAGAGGAAUAUCAGUUUCUGAGCUCUACUGCAAUUUCAAAAGGAAUUUUGGGUUAGGAGUUUCAAAAGCUGUAUUUAAAAAGUAAGUCCGGAAUCUAUAGGAACUGCAGCAUCCUGAACGUAUACAUACAUCAACAAUCAUGUUGCUACAUAUGGGUUACAUGUGAACGUAAAUCCCUUCUGUAGAAACACUUACUGUUAAGAAUAGCAGAUAUAAGUACUUACUUUGCACUUCAAAUAAAGCAGUAUUAAAGCUCAUCUUUUGUUAAGUCUUCUUCUACAGCAACCAAAAAGUUCAAACAACAGUAUGACAGACAUUUAAAGUGGCUUUUAUGCAAACUAUCAUUGAAAUAAGGAUAAAACUGAUACAAAAUAAAGGCAAGUUUGGCCAUAGAAUAUCAGUAAAGCUGUGUGGCCUUCUCAGUAAA